AUGGAAAGGCCUGUCAAGCGACAAAGGAUUGCACUUGACCCACUUGGCACCGACGACGAAGACGAGCUCGACUGUGAGCCUAACGAGCUCAACCAGAGGCGAGACCCUGUUUACCAGCUCGAACAAGCCAGGGCCCGUGCUUCAAACAAGCUCAAAUCCAGGUUUGAGGACAUCUUUGCGAAGUACGAAAAGGACUUCACAGGUGUUGGUGACGAAAUCGACCUGAGAACUGGUGAAGUUGUCGUGAACAAUGGACAUCUGCAGUCAAUCACAGGCAUCCAGGUGUUCGGAGAAGGUGACGAAGAUGAAGACGAAGAUGCUCGAUUCUCAGGAAGCGACCGCCCUAUUCAUGGCGUAGUCGAUGAGGCCUUGAAGAAUGAGCUAUCAGACGCUGUGGUGCGAAGGAGCCCAUGGGAGGUGAUAGGCUCGAAUUCAGAUUGGUCCCGGCCUGCAGCUGGCGUUGGAGGAGUCCCGGGGUUCUCAUCUAUGAUUCCGCCGGCUCACGAGCCCUUCGUGUCACCACUUCAGCCCUUAGGCUCUUUGGAACAUGGAAACACGCAGGUUGUGGACCCGGCAUGGCAGGCUCCCGAACUCCCUCGGUCCGCAUUCAUGAGUCCACGCUUUGGAGCACAGGGACAGCAACAUAUGUUUGGUAUGGGCCAGACCACCAAGGUGACUAGGAGGUCAUUGCUGGAGCCCAGAAGCCAAGACGGUGAAGAAGAAGAUGUCCUCCUGGGCGCCCCCGACAAUGUUCUUGGGAAGAAGGAGUCGCCCUUGAUCAAGAGUAAAUUCCCUGCUGUCGGAAGCAGCCCCAAACAACGAUCCUGGCUUGCAUGA